AUGUCUGAUUAAAAUUAUUAGAAUGGCUAUUAUAACUUGAAGUAUUAUACAGGAGAAAGAAAUUAAUAGAUAGAGGAAGAAGUUAGGAAAUCUUUAUUUAGGCUUCCAAACGAAGAAGAAUUAGAGAAUGAAUUUUAAGAAGUUGAAAGAUUAUAAAAGCUUGAUGAAGAAUUUAAGUAAAAAAAGUAGGAAUUAGAAAGAUAAAGAGCAAAAAUCAAUAUCUCUAAACUUGAGAAAAUAGAGCAUGAAUAGAAAAGAUUAGCCAGCAGAUUAGAAGAGUUAGUCAAUGAGCCCAAAGAAAAUGAUUAAGAAGAAAUUUAUAAAUUAAUAGCCUUGAAAAGAAAGAUUGCUGAAUCAUAAAAGACUGAAAUGAAAGUCUUAGAAGAUUAGUUUUUACUGAGCAAAGAAAAAGAAAUAGAAAACAGAGUAAGAAAGAAAAUUGAGCUUGAGAGAAUUUUAGAAGAAAAAAAAAAACUUAAUGAUAAGUUUAGCAAAGUUAAAAUGGAGUUAGAUAUGAUAUAAACUGAAGAAGAAGAUAGGAUUAAUAAUACAAAAAAAUAUUUAGAGAAGGCUCUUUAAAGAGAAGUCUCAAAUCCUUUGAUGAACAAUGCAUACAAAAAAGGGCUUGAAAGAUCAGGAUUGUAAAAAGGAGAUGAUCUUUUGUCUGAAUAAGAUAAAAUUUUGUUAAGCAAAGCAUUAUUAGAUACAGAAGUGUAAGAUCAAAAGGAGAAAGAAUUGAUAUUAAAAGAAAUAUAGGCAAGAAGGGAAUAAGAAAAGAGAAAAGUAUAGCUUGAAAUAUAAGAAAAAUAAAGAGAAUUAAAUGAUUAGAGGUUUGAAAUAGCAGAAAAAUAAGAGAAUCUACUUAAAAAAAAAGUAUAGCAUUAUGAAUUGUAAAAGAGGGGAAUAGAUUUUUUAGCAAGUAUCCAAGAAGGCUAAGGCCCUCCAAUGGAAUUUAUUUUAAAAAACUUGCAAAAUGUAGAUGAGGAUUAAUAUCGCUCAGAAUCAACAAUUGAUGAUAUUGUUUCAAGGGCUAAAAAGUUUUCUAAGAUUGGAAAAAGUAGAAUAGAAUUUCUUAAAAAUGAUCAUAAAGAGUUUUAUGGCUAUGAUCCCUAUGAUAAACCUUAUUAGGGAGAAUUAAAGCCUUUGAUUUAAAGAAUGAAUCCAGAAAACGUUUACAUUUCACGUAUGAUCAUAGAUUUGCUAAUUGAGCUUACUAUCAGAAAGCAUUUAGAGAACUAAACAGAGCUAGCUGCGACAAGAGAGAAAUAGCAAUACCUUUAAGAAAAAGCAAAAAGAAUUCAAAAGAAUUUAGAUACAAUGACAAAUUCUUAAAUUUACGUAGAAAUGAGGGAUAGGAUAUUUAAAAAUGUAAUAGAUAAGAUUAUAAGAGAAGCUGCAUUUGAAAUAGCAACAGUCAAUUAAAUGGCAAAAACUAUUUCACUAAAUUUAAUUGUUAGAGCUAUUAAAGGUGCCAGAAAUUCAGGUAAUUCAGAGGAAUAAUUGAGCAAGAUUUUCUACUCAUUAAGAAACCAAGAUAUGACGAAAAAAAAGGAUGAUAAAUUUACAUUCAAUUAUAAAGACAUGGAAAAAAUAGAUGAAGUAUUAAAGAAAUAAAAGAAAGAAAAAUAGGCCAAGGGUAAAGAUGCCAAGAAAGAUAAAGACAAAGGUAAAGAUGCAGAUGAAGACAAAAAAGAUGAAGAGUAAGAAUAAUAAGAAGAUGAUGACUAAACAGUUUUACAAAUGUAUCCAGAAAUAGAAUGUACUGAAACUCUCGGAACUGAGUAAAUUCUUUAAAUGGAAAUAGAGUACUGGAAUGAAAAUGUUUAAUUGAUGGAGUACCCCUAUUUAUAGCAUAACCCAAAAAAGAAGUUUACUGUCACUGCUAUAGCGCUUUCGUUUAACAAAGAACUUCUAGCUAUUGGCUAUUCUAAUGGAUAAAUUGAAAUUUAUUCUACACCUCCAGGAGAUAUUAUGCUUAUAGCUAGAGUUGAAGGUUAAAAUUCAAAGAAAAUAAUACAUUUGGAGUUUGCUUUUGAUAAUAUGAGUUAAUUGAUGGCAUUAGAUGAGGAUGGUAAUAUGUCUGUCAAUUUUAAUGCUUAAAAUUUAAAAUCAUUAAAUUAAAAGCAAUAAAAUACACUUGAAACAACUUUAAAUAUGAGGACAUAUUACAAUUUUGACUGGAAAAUGUUAACUAGAAGUGGAAAAGUCAACAGUUAAGAUAUUCUAAAAAUUGUUUUUUGUAGCUUUCAUCCUGGUAUUACUUUUACAGGAUUAUAACCUUAUAUUGUAAUGGGAUGUGAAAAGGGGUUGAUAAUGAAAUUCAAUUCUAACAAAGAUCUUAACAAAGGAAUUAACUAUAAAUUUCCUAUUCAUAAUGUAGUAAAUAGUCCAAUCAUUACUUUUAAUGAAGCUGAAUUUCCAAAUGAGCAUGCCAGAGUUUUAGAAAUUGUUGACAAUCAUAAUGAGGAGCAUGAUAAGCAUAUUAAUAUAUUUAGAGAGUUCUUCGUUGAACAUAAAGCGAAAAUCAUUCAAAUAGUAUUUUUAAAUAAACCAGAAACAUUCAUAUCUAUUGAUUCAAAAGGCUAUAUUUUCUAUUGGGUUUAUGAAAAAGACUAGUAUCUAAUCAAAAUAGAUGGUUACUUUCCAAAAUCUAAAUACAAAGUUUCUUGCUAGGUUAUGAGUUACAAUUUAAAAAAUUCAAAUGAUAAAGCAGAUGGACCUAAUAGUGUAAGUGUAGAUCUCAAUCAAGCAGGUUCAUAAGAAGAUAAAGGAAAAUAAUACUUUAAAAGUUUGAUUUCUCAAAAUUAGGAUUAUGAGAAAAGAUGUAUUUACCUAAAGAAAAACUAAAGCGAAAGCUUAAAAGAUUUAGCUGACAUUAUUAUAUCAUCUGAAAAUUUGCCAUAAGAGCCUGAUUAAGAAGUUAUAUUCUAUAGAGGUCGUGUGGAUUUCAAAAAAUAAACAUUUAAAAGUUUGUUUGAGGAAAAAUAUAUCAGUUAUUUAGUUGAUGGAUAUGUAUCUAAAUGUCUAGCAAUAAGCGGAAAUAAAUAUGUUAUAAUUUAAUAAAUUCUUCCUCAUAAAAUUGAUCACGAUAGAGUGUAUGUUUAAUUUGUAAGGUUUGACACUAACUUAUUCCGUCUGAAAAAAGUUAAGAUUAGUUUAGAAUCUCCAGAUGUAGAUGAUAUUGAUUUCUCAGUUGUAGAGAAUUUUGGACCUUUUGGAAUUCCUUACUUGUUUAUAUUGAUGAGACAAGGUUUAUAUGUUGCAUCUUUAGCAACAGGAAAUAUAUUAUUUGAUUUUAAGAAUCAUCUUACAAUAAUAUAAUAAGAAGUAAAGCUUAACUAAGAAGUAAUGGUGGCAAAUAAUUUAAAAGCAAUACUUGAUAUGUAUAUUAUAAUAACAUCAAAUUCAUCUAAUGGAGCUUAUGUAUUUAGUAUUGAAGAUAAAAACGAUGAUGAAGCAAAAAGAUAAAUAUUAACAAAUUAAGCAGAGUUUAAGCGUUUAUUUGUUACCUGA